AUGGCCGCACAAAAAAAAGGCCGCUCGUCGUCAUCGACGACGGGUAUCAAAAGCGUUAAAGGCGAGAACUUUUAUCGUGAUGCGAAGGCCGCCAAAAGAGUGAAGCUUCUGUCGAAGGACAGCUCGGCAACAAAGGCGACGCGUGACCGUAACGGCAACAUCAUCAAAGCGGCAGAAUUUCAAAGUUCUGAAGCCAAGCCAGGUCGUGUCCAGCCUGAUCGCCGCUGGUUCGGUAAUACACGCGUGAUUGGACAAGAUGCACUGGAUCAUUUCCGUACAGCUCUGGGGGCGAAGGUGAAUGAUCCGUAUAGUGUAGUGCUGCGACGAAACAAGCUACCUAUGAGUCUGAUUCAGGAGCCAGCGCGUGGCAAGGCACCGUCAUUAACGGAAGUUGAACCAUUCGACAAGACGUUUGGUCCAGGGGCACAGCGUAAGCGGCCGCGUCUUGAAAUGGGCAUGAGCUCGUUUGAAGAUCUCGCUCAAACAUCGCGUGCCAUGGGUGAAGAAGAGGACAAAAAAGAAGCGGCGAGAGAAGCUAAGGCGCACGGCGAUGGUCUUGUCCCGCCAGACCGUGAGAUCCCGCUUGGCUCCUCUGAGCGCGACCACAUUGCACACCCUGAUGAAUUGUAUUCUUUACCGGUGCAGCGUGGUCGGUCAGAAGCUGUUUAUACGAAGGGCCAGUCACGUCGAAUCUGGGCUGAGCUGUAUAAAGUGAUUGACAGUUCCGAUGUGAUUCUGCAUGUGCUUGAUGUGCGCGAUCCCAUGGGAACGCGUUGCCGGAAUGUCGAGAAGCAUAUUCGUGAGGAAACACCUCACAAGCAUCUGGUAUUUAUUCUCAAUAAAGUCGACUUGGUUCCUACGUGGGUAACGGCACGUUGGAUCAAGAUCCUAUCGAAAGAAUUCCCGACGCUUGCAUUUCAUGCGUCGAUCAAUCACAGUUUUGGCAAGGGCAGUUUGAUUCAAUUGCUCCGACAAUUCAGUGUACUGCAUGCUGAUAAGAAACAAAUCAGUAUUGGGUUUGUUGGCUAUCCUAAUGUUGGCAAGAGCUCCAUCAUCAACACGCUGAAGAAAAAGAAGGUCUGCAAUGUAGCACCCAUCCCGGGCGAAACAAAGGUGUGGCAGUACAUUACGCUCAUGCGGCGCAUUUACCUGAUCGAUUGCCCGGGUAUUGUGCCUGUAAGUGCGCAUGACUCUGAGACGGGCACUGUACUGAAGGGCGUCGUGCGUGUUGAAAAUCUCGAGUCUCCGAGUGAACACAUAGCAGCCCUGCUCAGCCGCGUCAAGCCCGAAUAUAUUAAGCGCACGUACAACCUUGAGUCGUGGAAGAAUGCGGAUGACUUUUUGGCACAAUUGUCGGCUCGCAUGGGCAAGCUUCUCCGCGGCGGUGAGCCAGAUCUCGAUACAAGUGCAAAGAUGGUGCUGAAUGACUGGAUUCGUGGUAAGAUUCCAUUCUUUGUGCCUCCGCCAAUGCCAGAGAAGCGUGUGUCCGAGCAAGAGGACGAAGCAGACAAGACUGCAUCGUUGUCAGAGAAGCGUGUGCGCGGCGUUGAGCAGCCGAUCCAGAAGAUCCCUGUUGUGACGAAGUUCACGGCUGAGGACGUGCAUGGCGGUGUGCCUGAAGACUUUGAGCGCCAAGAUGGUGCUGAGCCAGCAGAAAAUGACGAUGUCGAACAAGGCGGCACCGAGCAGAGUGAAGAGGACGACAAUGAUGAUGAUGACGAUGAUGAUGUUGUGCAGGUUGACGAAGACAAUGUUGGAAGCGAAAAUGAAGAGGACGAUGCCGAUGAAGAUGCAUUUGAAGAUUUGACAUGGGAGGAUGUCUUUGGUGGUGGCAACAAGCCACAAACAACGUCACAAAACAAGCCUUCAGCCAAGGCACCAUCCGCGACAUUCGAUGAAAUGGAAUCAGACGAGGAGAAGCCGCGUCCCAAAGAAAAACGCAUGACAACCAGCAAGCGCAAGGCUGAGAAUUAUUACACCCAUGCAAAUGUUAAGAACCGCAAUCGGCAGAAAAAGGCCAGCCUGGACGAAAUUCAAGCUCAGAGCCGGCAGCGCGAGCGUGGAAGUCGCGUUGGAGUCAACAAAAAAGCAAGUCGUACCUCGAAUCCCAAACUCAAGAAGCGCAAGUAG